AUGGUGAGGUGGUCAUACAGCAACAGUAAUAAGGAGCUGAAGCAGGAGAACUCAGCUUAGGCAGAGUAGCUUCCAGUUGCGCUGACCCACAAGGCAGGGAUGCAGCGUGACUUGGAGGAGCUGAAAAACAAACUGGAGAUUGCCGACCUUAUGCUUCAGCAGUUGUCUAGCUGCUGCGAAGCCCUGGAUGCUAACCAGCAGUUACAGCAGGCCAUGGAAGAGCGGGCACAGCUGGAAGCAUACCUGGGGCCCUUGAUGGAGUGGCUGCAGUAUCUACAAAUGGAGAGCCAGUGUGCUGAGUAUCUCCAUGGAGAGCAUGCCGUGUGGCAGAGGAUGCAGGAGACGUCGGAGCAGGUUUGCGCAUUGAAGGAGGAGAAGAAGUAGGACCUGCAUCAGGUACAGGAGCUGGAGACAAGCUUGGCCGAACUGAAGAACCAGAUGGGGGCUUGGAAGAUUGGCUACCAUCGGGUGCAAGGGAUCAUUAGCAGGGAGGCCAAGUUUGCAGAGCCUGAGAGGAGCUGUGCACCAAGAGGAGGGUUUUUUGAGAAUCCAGAGGCCCUUAUUGUCUGCUUCCUUUCUCAGCUGAACCCCUACACUUGGAGCCCCCAGCAGGACCCUCAGAGGUGGAGCAGCAGCUAUAAGCUGAGGUCAAGCACCUGUGAAAGGAGCUGGAGAGUCUGGCAGGACAGCUCCAAGCCCAGGUGGAAGCCAGUGAGGGCUUGA